UCUAUUCUUUUCUCUUCUUCUCCUCCUUCCUUAGUCGCUACCUUUGUCUACAACUUGGAAGGUGGAAGAUUAAUUUAUCGUAUCCUUCCUUUCUCUUCUCUGUCUAAUCAUCUUGAAGUACUGCCUUGAGCACAGCUUUUCCAUCUUCAACAUAUACCAACAAUGAUCAAUCAAACUAGUCUAGAUCAGGAAAACUUCUUUUCUGGGCGGUGUACACUGGUAAAUGGACCUGUCAUUGUCGGGGCAGGCCCCUCGGGGCUGGCAGUUGGCUCAGGGCUGAAGCAACAAGGUGUGCCAUUCAUAAUCCUUGAAAGGGCCAACUGCAUUGCCUCACUUUGGCAAAACCACACAUACGACCGCCUGAAACUACACCUCCCCAAGCAAUUCUGUCAACUACCCUACUUCCCAUUUCCGGAGAACUUCCCAGAAUACCCCACAAAGAAUCAGUUCAUCGACUAUCUUGAAUCAUAUGCGAGGCACUUCGACAUUGAUCCAAGAUUCAAUGAGACUGUGGAGUCAGCUAAGUAUGAUGAGACCUGUGGCCUGUGGAGGGUCAAGGCCAAUGCAAGUACCGAUGGUUUUUCAAGGGGAGAGGUCGAGUACAUAUGCCGCUGGCUGGUGGUGGCCACCGGUGAGAAUGCAGAGAAGGUGGUGCCAGAAUUAGAAGGCCUGGAAGAGUUUGGUGGCCCUGUGGUGCAUGCCUGCGAGUACAAGUCCGGUGAAGCUUAUCAAGGAAAGCAGGUCCUAGUAGUUGGUUGUGGCAACUCGGGCAUGGAGGUUUCCCUUGAUCUUUGCCACUACAAUGCAAUUCCAUCAAUGGUGGUCCGCAGCUCGGUUCAUGUCUUGCCAAGAGAAGUCCUGGGGAAAUCAACUUUUGAUCUAGCUGUUCGGCUGAUGAAAUGGCUGCCAGUUUGGCUAGUUGACAAAAUAUUACUGGUUAUUUCAAGGUUGCUUCUCGGGAACUUAGAGAAGUACGGACUGAAAAGGCCAUCUAUAGGCCCUUUACAGCUCAAAAACAUUGAAGGAAAGACCCCUGUGCUGGACAUCGGUUCCGUGGCAAAAAUUAGAUCUGGUGGCAUCAAAGUAGUGCCUGGCAUCAAGAGAUUCUCACGCGGUAGGGUCGAGCUUGUCAAUGGGGAAAAUCUUGAGGUUGAUUCUGUUAUUCUGGCAACCGGCUACUGCAGCAAUGUCCCUUCUUGGUUAAAGGAAAAUGAUUUCUUUUCCAGAAAUGGGUUUCCCAGAUCCCCAUUCCCAAAUGGGUGGAAAGGCAAAGCUGGGCUAUAUGCAGUUGGCUUCACAAGAAGAGGUCUCUCUGGUGCAUCAAUGGAUGCCAUUAGAGUGGCAAAUGACAUUGGCAAGAACUGGAAUGAAGAAACAAAGCACAGCAAGAAGCAUUCUGUCACUGUUGCCCGGCAUCGGCGCCGCCAAUCACAUUGCUAAUCAACUGUUUUUCAAAUUUUUGGCUGCUAAUCAGGGUGUCCUCUUUUUGGUUUUCUAGUUCUAUAGAUGGCAACUGACUGAUGGAAACUCAGAUCAGGUGGUGUACAAAUAACGUAAUAAGGAGGAGGAACAUAGAGACAAAAAAAGCAUCCCUCUCCAAGAAAAUGCCAAUGGCUUGGGCAUUUUUGUACAAAGGAAGAUGAGGAUUUUUCGUUUUUUCUAGUUUCAAGUCUCUGU